CUAUGGCAGAAUGUUCUAGAUACCGGUGUGAUAUAAAAGACCCGGCCGCUCGCCAACUUGUUAUCAGUUUAGUUUCUCGCAUCGCAUCUGCCGUUUUCGUGAGUGAGUCGUUACUAACGUUGCUCUGUGUACUCUCUCGAUAUUUUGUGAGCGGAAAGAGUCUGUAAAUCAUCUCUACUGCCUGACAGUGUUUGAACGAUUCAGAUUUGAACUGUUUGUACCUCAACAGUUAGAAGUUCUCCGUGCCACUGCAUCAACCUCUUGAAUCUUUCUACAUCCAGAACAUCACCAAUUUUUCCAUCAGGAUGUCUCUCUUGCCCUACUUGUUGGAAGAAUUGAACCGUCCAACAGUGUAUGACCAAAACUUCGGUGUUGGACUGUGGAAUGAUGAUCUGCCAUCAAUCACUGCCAUUCGCCCGUUUUAUAUGCGGCCGUGGAGACUGCUUCCCCAAAAUGAGAGUGGGACUUCAUCAGUACAGCACGAUAAAGAUGGAUUUAAGGUGAACUUAGAUGUGCAGCAGUUCAAACCUGAAGAAGUGAAUGUCAAAGUCAGUGACAAUUAUGUUACCAUCCACGCCAAACACGAAGAACGCAGUGAUGAGCAUGGUUUUAUUUCUCGGGAAUUCACUAGGCGUUAUCUCAUCCCUAAAGACGUCAAUGCGGAAGCCUUGACUUCAAGUCUUUCAUCUGAUGGUGUUCUCUCUGUACAUGCUCCGCCAAAGGCUAUCACCAAUGAGAAUGGCAGUGAGCGCCAAAUUCCAAUUACUAAAACCAAUGCUCCCGCAAUCAAACAGGAACAAGCGAAGAAGAAGUAAUCAAUCCUACCUUGAUGUCUAAUUGAGUUUUCCUCUUUCUCCUCAAUGAGCUUCUUCCUUUUUCCUUGUACUGUAAAUAUUUUCGCUUACUUAUUUUUGUUCCUAUCAUUGAGAACCAGCUUGUAUCAAGAAAUGUUAAACAGUGAAAGUGAAACAUAAAUUCCCUUUUAAAUACUUUUAUGCCCCGUCAAUAAUUGUACUAUCGUUUUCACGGAGCAAUAGUAAAAUUCCUAAAAAAAACCAUGUAUUUUUCAUAACAGGAUAUCAUCGUAAGUGUUGUGUAAGCAGAGUGCUACAGUUAGCACGUGUUCUCUUUUCACCACCACCAAGAAAUUACCACCGUAUUUUGUACUUUUUUAACUUUUAGAACUAUUUUUAAGUCUGCUCCAUUGUUACAUUAUACAAAGUAGUGAUAAGAAAUUCACUUGGAAGGUAUUUUGUUCUAGGUUAUUGUCAACAUGAAAUGAAUUACUGUACUGUUCUUGUGAGACUGCUACUAUUUAUGUAAAUUUUAUUAUUUUUUUAAAUAAAAUUUCCAGUCAAAAGUUA